AUGACCUUCAUUCCCUGCAUGUCGGCCAAACUUUCUGCGAGGCCCCUUUUGAGCCAUGGCUUGAGGGGCCGACUCGCUAGGCCCGCUCUCCGUGCCGGUCGGAGCUUUUCGGCCGCGACCCUCCUACGGACCAGCCCUCGGGUCAACUCCGAAGGUUCGGCCAACACCGCACAAAGCGGCUGGAAUGGGAAAUCAGUCUGGACUGUUGCUUUGGCCGCCGGCACUGUUGGUUGGGGUCUUGCUAGUUCGAUAAAGGACAAUUCUGCAAGCGCUGGCUUUCUCCCACUUGGUAAUGGUCUGCUUUUUCCGGACAGCCUGUCUCGCCCUGUGGCUUAUGCAAGUAUGGCCGAAAUGGAGCAGGCCUUGAAGGAGAUUCGAAAGGAGUUGGGUGGCGAGGAUAUCAUCUCCACGGACCCUGAUGACUUACAUGCCCACGGAUAUUCUGAGUGGUCGUCAACUAAUCCUGAUGGUCUUCCCGUAGCUGUUGCGUAUCCUCGGUCAACAGAACAGGUGGCAACGAUCGCGCGGGUAUGCUUCAAGUAUAACGUUCCCAUCAUUCCGUACUCGGGUGGUUCUAGUCUGGAAGGAAAUUUCUCGGCCCCUUAUGGAGGAAUCAGCGUCGACUUUGCCUUCAUGGACCAGAUACUCUCCUUCAAUAAGGAUGAUAUGGACAUUGUUGUACAACCGAGUAUCGGAUGGCAGGACUUGAACGAGAAACUUGCGAAGAUGGAGAGCGGUCUCUUUUUCCCCAUUGACCCGGGCCCAAGCGCAAAAAUUGGUGGAAUGAUCGGUACCAACUGCUCGGGAACGAAUGCGGUUAGAUAUGGAACCAUGAAGGACUGGGUGAUCAACCUCACUGUUGUUUUGGCAGACGGUACUGUGGUCAAGACUCGGAGGCGGCCAAGAAAGUCUUCUGCCGGCUACAACCUGAAUAGUCUAUUCGUGGGAUCUGAGGGAACGCUAGGCCUUGUGACCGAAGCAACCCUCAAGCUCACUGUUGUGCCUGAGGACUUUUCAGUUGCUGUGGUGACGUUCCCUAGUAUCAGAGACGCUGCUGCGGCCGCAGCUGAGGUUAUGCGGAACGGUAUUCCUGUGGCAGCGAUGGAAAUCAUGGAUGAGGUCCAAAUGAAGGUCGUCAAUCUGGGUGGCGCAACAGCGCCUCGUGUCUGGCAGGAACUCCCAACCCUAUUCUUCAAGUUCUCCGGUACCAAGGCCGGCGUCAAGGAGAAUAUUGGUCUCGUCCAGAAAAUUACCAAGAAUCAUAAGGGUGGCAACUUCGAGUUCGCAAAGGACGCGCUGGAGCAGAAGUUGCUAUGGUCUGCCCGGAAAGAAUCACUGUGGUCAAUGUUGGCGCUUCGCAAGGACGGUGAAGAAGUUUGGAGUACCGAUGUUGCUGUUCCCUUCAGCCGUCUGGCCGACCUCAUCGAGAUCAGCAAGAAGGAAAUGGACGACAUGGGGCUCUUCGCGAGUAUCCUUGGCCAUAUCGGCGAUGGAAAUUUCCACGAAAGCAUCAUCUACAACCGGACGAUACCUGAAGAGAGAGAAAAGGUCGAGAAAUGCGUGCACAACAUGGUGAAGCGAGCGAUAGAUAUGGAGGGUACGUGUACAGGCGAGCAUUCGAUCGGCUGGGGCAAAAAAGAAUCGCUGCUUCUCGAGGUCGGCUCCGAUACCCUUGACGUUAUGAAGUCGAUCAAACGGGCGCUCGAUCCGAAAUGGAUCAUGAACCCAGGAAAAAUCAUGGAUAUUCCUGAGGGUUCAAGGACGAACCAAGGUGCCUCAUCAUGA